CCGAAGUUUUAACAAGAGAAAAAAAUCACAAGAAUAUACACAAAUGUACAACUUGUUGGUUGCUGCUACAUACACAAUAAACCAACUUUUAGGUAAUUGCACCUGGCUAAAAUAGAGUUGGUUGGUGUCUCGGUGGUGUAAUUUACUCUUCACCUUAAACCACACUAUUCAAUUCACUUUACAACAUCCAUUUUAAGCCAAACUUUAUUACAAGGCAGAAAGUCGAUAGUGUUUUCUUAGUUCUUCCAGCAGGAUCUCUGAAGUAUACGUUUGAAGUGCUCAAGUUGAUUUGCUGCAAAUAACUUGAAAAUACUUUGUCAUCGUCACAAUGAGUGGAGAUGGAGAAGAGAGUGGCGAAACUUCGGGGCCAAUUAUUCAAGAUAUUGAGUUCGAAGAUCUCAAGAAAGGUCUAAUUGAUGAUGGAACUCUUAAGCUUGUCGACGUCAGAGAUCCGCAAGAGUUGGAGACUCAGGGAAAAAUUCCAAAAUCAAUCAACAUCCCUCUUCCCGAAAUCCCUGAUGCCUUCAGGAACCUGUCGAACGAAGAGUUCUCCAGCAAGUAUGGGUUUUCGAAAAAUGAUGACAAUCUUGUGUUCUCGUGUCGCUCUGGAAGAAGAGCAGAAGCCGCGAUCAACCAUGUCUUUGGUGGAGACCCUUCAAUAUCGAAAUUCCGAUUGUACCGUGGGAGCUUUAUGGAUUGGGAGGCAAAAGGAGGGCCAAUAGAGAAGCCUUAAUUUUUUUUACAAUGACAAUCCAAAACAAGACAUUUUCCAGUAAUAUAUCAAAACUAUGUAUUGUAUUUCACAAUUUAAUUGUAUCAAUGUUUAAAAAUCAUAUUCAUAUCAAAUAAUUCUUAUGGGUGAAACAAGCAAUAGUUUCAGACGAAUUAAGUAAAUGUGACAAAUUGCCAAUAUUUGACGUCAAAUGUGUAUCUAUUUUACCAAAGUACAACAUAAAUAUGCAAUAUUAUUCAAACUUCUACUCAAAUCAGUUUUAAGCUUUGUCGCUCUCGACUCUUGUGAAUAUUAAAAUGAAAUAAAUACUUUUUCAAAUUCUUUAA